CUUGUCGUGCAGAGCGGCACUGUUCACGACGUGGGUGAGACGAGUCAGUCAACCAAGGGCAGCGCUCCACUGUUUUCAUAUCAAGAGGCCAGCAGCUGUUUCGAAUAGCGGGCCGCCGCAUUCAACUGACAUGUUUCGUGGACGUGUGGCGCUUGUGACUGGCGGGGGCAGUGGCAUAGGCCGCGCAGUGUGCUGCCUGCUGUCCCAGAGAGGUGCCCGCGUCCUGGUGGCAGAUGUCGAUCUGGAGGCGGCCAAUGCGACGGUGGCGUUGCUUGAAGAGCCAUCAGGGGCCGCUGAACACCGGGCUGUCCACAUUGACGUUGGCAGCCCUGACUCGGUGAAGAAAGCAUUUGAGAACUUUGAAGGGAACAGAUCGGAGCAAGCUUCCAUCGUCGUCAACUGUGCCGGCAUACUGCCACCACCGAAGCCAUUCACGGAAGUUGCAGUAGACGAAUUCGACCGCAUAUUGAGAGUCAACCUUCGGGGGACCUUCCUGGUGACGCAAGCCGCGAUGCACUGCAUGCUACGGCAAAAGGUCACCGGGGGCAGUAUCGUGAACAUAUCCAGCGUCGCAGGCAGGGUUGCGCGACCGGGCCUUGCUGCAUACUGUGCCUCCAAGGCUGCCAUCGCAUGCUUUGUCAGGUCAGCUGCAGCGGAUGCUGCCAAUACCGGCAUCCGCAUCAAUGCCGUGGCUCCGUGCAUGACGGAGACGCCCAUGGUCAAGGUGUUCAGCGAGGUGCAGCGUUCGAAGCUCGCUGCUGGUAUCCCGAUGGGCCGGGCGGCGAUGCCCGACGAAGUGGCCGCCGUGGUCGCCUUCCUCUGUGGACCCGACAGCGCUUUCGUCACAGGCACCACCGUCGACGUCUCCGGUGGCGUCUAGAAAUAUUCCGGACGCGUUGGAAGAUUCGAAAUAUUUUGGGCGGUACUUAAAAGGCUAUGGCACCAUAUGUAACGGGGUGAAGGCGCACGACUUUCCUCGCUAGCGAUUUUCGUGAGCAAAAGUCAUAAAUAUUGGUUAAAUUUGGUUUAUUUUCUCUCUCGGAAUGCUCCUGGCUUCCUUACAUGUCUUUUCUUCGUUACCCUUUUCCCCCUUUCCGCUAGCCUCAUCGACUUUCUUAGUUCCAAAACAGUACUACGUUGCUGCUUCAAGUAAUAAACACACCGUUGCUAGUCA